AGAUUUUUAUGACACAACCCACACACAAAAAAAAAAGAAAACUAAGAAAACAAAAUUGACCCUUACUUUUCUAUUCCUUUGCUUCCAUUAAGAUAUCAUUUGUGGGUUUUUUGUUCUUUGGCAUUGACAUUGGUUUCACUUUUGGUGGUUUGAGUCAUUGUUCAUUUGCUUAAAGGGGUGUUAAGUUCCUUUCCUUAUUUGUACCAUUUGUUGCCAUUGUCACAUAAUCUAUUGUCUGGUUUGUUUUUUGAAACCUAACAAGGUUCUUGCUUUCAUCCAAAUGAAAACCCUUUGAUUAGGCUUUUUUGGGUUAUACCCUUUUUCAUUUCACAGUUUUCCAUUGGCUUCUUGCAAGUUUUGACUGAGAGAAGGUUUUGGAUGAGUUUUGAACUAACCCCACAAAUUUGGAUUAUUAGUUUAAGGCUUUUUAGAGCACAAAGUUUGAAUUUUUCUUAUGUUUAUGAGAACCCAAAUCUGUGUUGAGUUUGAUAAAGUUUGAUACAGUCAAAGGGUAUUUUAUUUUAAUGAUUUAAAAUGCCUCAAGAAAUUGUUUACUUUGCAAUUUGUUGACGCAUUUGUCUUUAUAAUGAGACUACAGAACUGUGAAAACUGUUCCAUUCUCUUCUAGCUUUGAGGGUGAAAGAAAAGAGGUUCAUUUACUUGUAUAAAGCAUAUUGGGUUUUAUUUUCUUAUGGUGUCGAAAUUUUGGAUUUUGUGUUGUAUUAGGUGUAAUAGAAUCAUAAAUUUUACUCAUAAGGGGUUUGGAAUUUGAUGUAUUGUGUAAGAAGAUUUGACUUUUGAGAGUAUUAUAGAUCACACAUAUUUUUUAUGAAGAGAGUGUUGUGCUAAUUUAUUGUGGUGGUUGAGAAUUUGAGCUUAAUUUGUGAAGAAAAAAGGGUUGACAUGGCUGCAAAGUUGUUGCAUUCUUUAGCAGAUGACAAUCAAGAUCUGCAGAAGCAGAUAGGAUGUAUGACCGGAAUUUUUCAACUCUUUGAUCGUCAUCAGAUUGUUACCGGUCGUCGCAUUAGCCAGAAGAGACUUCCUUCUGGUAAUUUGCAAUUCAGUGAUGACAGCUUGGAAAGAGAUUCUGAUAGCAUCCGACAUCGACAAAUGGCAAAUGAUACGAGCUUAAACAGAGGUCAGAAUGAAAAGCAAAGAAUUUCAACAGAAUCAUCGAGAGCAUCAUUCUCUUCUUGUUCAUCAUCGGUUUCUUCUCUAGACUUUAAGGCUGAAGUAGAGACUUCCUUUGACAGGAUUAUUUUGCCUGAAACUCCUUCAAGGGAAACAGUUAUGAACCAACCAAAUGUCUCUCCUCGUUUAGGACGUCACUCACUUGACCUGCGUGAUGUGGUGAAGGAUUCAAUGUAUAGGGAUCCUCGAGGGAUGUCUUCGAAAUCUAUGGCCAAAGAGCAAUCUUCUGUUCAUGCAUUGAAGCACAGGGGUUCACCGCGACCUCCUCAGCUUUCCAAAUAUGUUGAUAGAUCUUAUGGAGUUGAAAUAGAUGCAAAGCAAAGUGCGCCUAUUGAUCUAAAGGAGUCUAUCCGAGUCCUUUCGAAACUUAGAGAAGCACCUUGGCAUUAUGCUGAAACUCGAGAACUACCAAGAUCAUCACAUGAAGUAAAAGACGGACACUGGCAUUCCAUCUCAAAGGAUGUCACUCCUUGGUUAGCUUACGAUGGAAGAGAAACGAGUCGUUAUUCUUUUGAAUCGCGAGAGACCAUAAAAUCCACACCAAAGCUAAAAGAGGUUCCUAGGCAUUCACUUGAUAGUAAGGAAGGUCCGUGGCGCACUUAUAGUUCUGAUUCAAAGCCGAGUCACAUCUCAAGAAACGUUUACAGUGGCACCUCCACCACAAAUGAAAAAUUCUCUAGUCUACAACAGUCUCCACCAACUCAAAGUCGGCUACCGAGUGUUGUAGCAAAGCUGAUGGGCUUGGAAGCGUUACCUGAUUCAUCUUUAACUGGUGAUACUCAAUCAGGUUCAACUGAAACUUAUUCAGCUCAAGAUUAUGGUCAGUUUCCAAGAUCAUCAAAAACUGGAUUCAUAAGGCCACUCCGAGUUUCUAACUCUCCGAAAAUCUCAUUGAAAGAUCCAACUUCCCCAAGGCGGAAGAAUCAGGACGUGGUUAUGAAACCGGUCUCUAGUUCAAAGUUUCCGAUUGAACCAGCACCAUGGAAGCAGCAGGAUGCAAAUAGAAACUCUCAGAAACAAAAUUUAAGGACAACAAAAUCUCCUACAGCAAAAACGCAAGAUUCGUUUCCUUCGGUUUAUAGCGAGAUAGAGAAGAGAUUGAAAGACCUUGAAUUUAAACAAUCUGGAAGGGAUCUUAGAGCACUAAAGCAGAUACUAGAAGCAAUGCAAGAAAAAGGGCUAUUAGAGAGUCGAAAAGAAGAACAAGUUCCGAACCUUGUUGGAAGUCAAAGUGACUAUGAACCUAAAGCUAUCAAUCAAAUUCAGAAUUCUCGGUCAGUAAAGCAACAAAAUCCCCAGAGAAACAAUUUUCUAUCUUCUACAAUCAAAGGAACAGACUCAACAAGGGUUUUUGAUUCACCAAUAGUUAUAAUGAAACCGGCAAAACUUGUUGAGAAAUCCGAGUUUUCUGCGUCUUCAGCUAUUCCAAUUGGUGGCUUUUCUGGUUCCAAUAGAAACAACAUAUCUUCUACUCUAGUAACAAAAGAACAGUCUCCUAAGAAUAUUCGCAGGGACGCUUCUCCGGUUUCCAUUGAUAAGAAAACAAGUAUUACCAAGAGUACUACAAGAUCUGCACAAUCUCAAUCAAGGUCUCAACAAUUUUCAAAAGAAAAUAACCAAAGUCCGGUGAAGAAUUCAGGAUCAGUGAGUCCAAGAUUGCAACAGAAGAAGUUGGAGUUAGAGAAGCGAUCUCGUGUGCCUACGCCGCCAUCGGAUUCAAUCAAAUCCAGAAGACAAUCUGGUAAAAAGGCAGUGGAAUCAGUUUCUCCAGGUGGAAAAGUAAGACAAAGAGUCCUUAACUCACAGCCUAGUGAAGAGCAAAUGAGUGAGUUAAGCAAUGAUUCUAGAAGUUUUUGUCAAGGGGACGAAAUUUCUCUUCAAUCCUACAGCAUCACGGUUGACUCAAAAUUCGAUAUUGAAGUCACUAGUAGUUUACAGUCUACUGAAAUUGAUGACAACCAAAGUCCAUCUUUGAAGCCAAUGAAACAAUUAGUUUCAGAAACAGUUCAGAAAAAAUCAACUCCAAGAUUGGAUGAGGGUGAGACAAUUGCAGAACUUGCAACUAAGGCGCCAGAACAUCUGAGUCCUAUCUCAGUUCUCGAUGGAUCAAUGUACAAAGAUGAUGAGUCAUCCCCGGUAACGCGGAUACCUAAAGAUCCAAAAGCUGGUAAUGCUCAAGAAUCCAAAGACAAUGAGGUCAAAGAUCAGUGGAAACCUGAUGACGGCCUUUCAUUUAACACCGCAGGAUCUGGAGAGAUCAACCGCAAGAAACUACAAAGCAUAGACCACCUUGUUCAGAAGCUUAGAAGGCUGAACUCCAGCCACGACGAAGUGAGAAUCGAUUACAUUGCUUCCCUCUGUGAAAACUCAAAUCCAGACCAGAGAUACAUAUCUGAAAUACUACUAGCUUCAGGUCUCUUACUCAGAGACCUGAGUUCUGAAUUUCUGACGCUUCAACUUCAUUCAUCGGGUCAUCCUAUUAACCCGGAGUUGUUCCUCGUCUUGGAGCAGACCAAAGCAAGUAGUUUGGUUUCAAAAGAAGAAAGCAGCUUCGAAAAAGCUGCUUUCUCGAAGCUAAAUACUGAGAAAUUUCACCGAAAACUCAUCUUCGAUUCUGUGAAUGAAAUUCUUGGUGCAAAACUAGACUAUUCUCUGGAGCCAUGGUUUCAACCUAACAAACUCACAAAGAAAACACUCAGUGCUCAAAAGCUUCUUAAAGAACUAUGCUUCGAGAUAGAAAAAGUUCAAACCAAAAAAGCUGAAUGCAUCUUAGAAGAUGAAGAGGAUGAUGGUUUAAAGAGUAUGCUUUGUGAAGAUGUGAUUCAUGGAUCAGAAAAUUGGGAAAAUUUCAAUGGUGAAAUACCUGGAAUUGUAUUGGAUGUUGAGAGACUGAUAUUUAAGGAUUUGGUAAACGAUAUUGUGAUCGGUGAAGCGGCUGGUUUGCGAGUUAAGUCAUCGGUUAGGCGUCGGAAACUAUUUGGAAAGUAGUUUUUUUUCUCUUUUCCUUUCCUUAAUUUCUCACUGAUAUUAGAUCUUUAUAUUCUUGUCAUUUGCAUAUAGUUUAUUUUCAGUGUCACGCCAUAUACUAUAGAGCUACGAUUAUUAUUUUUUGUGUAAGGUGUAAAGAAAUUUGACUUACCAUGGAUUUGUGGAAUACAUACUAUAUAAAAACUAAAUCUCUUCAUGUAGGAAGGUAGGAGUGUAUCAACAAGGUGGUUAAAUGUUGGUGUUUUA